UAUUACAUUUUUCCGCGUUUUUAGCAAAUGCUACUCGUUGUGGCAAGUGUUUAUUGAUGCUGCAAGUGCGCCUGCUGAAAUUAUCACAACUUGUAUCGACUACAAAACGUCUACGACAUUUUUAUUCCAACAUGGACUGCUCAGAGCUCCUGCCACCAGCAUCUGUGCGUGGCAUGACCGAAUUAAAACGUGAAGAGUUCAAGAAAAGCGUAAAAAUACCGCGCCUACACGUGCCCGAGUCAAAGGCUCAGCAUGUAAUGCCAUUGGUGAAGAAGUUGUUGCUUAAAAUGGAGCAACUGCGACCAGUACGUGCUGUUGAGAGUGCACGCGAGAUACUGUUGCAUCCGUUGCCUGUGAAGAGCUGGCAGUCAUUGCCAACUGAAGAACUGGAGAAAACAACAACUGACAGGAAAACUUUUCCCAUGUAUCAAUUAGAGUUGCAGUAUGAGAAUUGGAGUGCACAAGAGAUAUUAAAAAGUGUACUGCCUGUUGGUGAGGAGGGGCUCAGCUCAUACUCGCGCAUUGGGCACAUAGUGCAUUUAAAUUUGCGUGACCAUCUGGUGCCUUACAAAGCACUAAUUGGUCAAGUGCUUCUGGAUAAGCUGCCCAACUGUCGCACAGUGGUCAACAAGGCGGCCAAUAUAGAUAACACAUACCGCAACUUUCAGCUGGAACUAAUUUGCGGUGAGCCGCAGUAUCAGGUGGAAACCAAGGAGCAUGGCGUAACUUUUGAGUUUGACUUCUCCCAGGUUUACUGGAAUCCACGCUUGUCCACGGAGCACGAGCGUAUUGUGCAGUUGCUGCAGCCCGGUGAUGUGCUCUAUGAUGUAUUCGCUGGCGUCGGACCUUUCAGUGUGCCUGCUGCCAAGAAACGUUGCCAUGUGCUGGCUAAUGAUCUUAAUCCCACGAGCUAUCAUUGGCUACAGCACAAUGCCAAGCGAAAUAAGUGCCUGAGUUACAUACAAAUGUAUAACAAGGACGGACGUGAUUUUAUACUGAAGGAAUUACGUGAGAAUUUGCUUGAACGCUGGCGUGCACCCACAGAUCAUCCUUAUAAGCUACAUGUGACCAUGAAUCUUCCUGCCAUGGCAGUAGAGUUUCUAGAUGCAUUUCGAGCUCUUUAUACUUCAGAGCAGUUGGCUGACCUCAACUUGAAUCUGCCUUUAGUUCAUGUCUAUUCAUUUGCCAAGGGCGAAAAUACCAAGGCCUUGGUACAAGAGUUGGUGGAGUCCAAUCUGGGCGCAAGCUUGACACAAGAGCUGGAAGGCAUAAGCUUUGUGCGCAAUGUGGCACCUAAUAAGGACAUGUAUAGAGUGUCCUUUAGGCUAACCAAGGAGCUCCUAACCACGCCCAAACAGGCGACACGAAAGCGCUGCUUGGAGGAAGAGCUUGUUGAGAAGCAGCUGACCAACAAAGUGAAAUGUGUUUAACAAAGUUAAAAAUAAAUUUUUCGUACAAUAUGUUAACAAUUGUGUU